UUUGGUUUUUCUUGGUAGCGAUCCCUUUCCAAAUACUUAAUCGGUUUUCCACUUAAUCGGUUUUCCUCUCUCUCUCUCUCUCUCUCUCUCUGUUAUUAAAAAUUCAAAGCUGUAGUUGGCUGCUUCUUUCUGGAAGAAGGUUUCUCAAGUAAUUUGGGGAAGAAAUCAUUAGAUUGCGUGGAGAGUUCACUAAGGAUGUCAAAUGCAUCUGAGUUAGCUAAGCACUCCAUGAACUCUGAGCAACAUAUGAGAGAGGACAGUGAGUAUUCAAAGCUGAUCGUGACAAAUGAGCCAAGAAUAGAUGAAGUUGAUAUACAAUCUCGAGCAAACACAAGAUGUAAAUCUUUCAUCUGGUGGCUGAAGGCCUUCCUGUGCUGCAUCGUUUCGAUAGCCUUUCUUCUGAUUUUUCUUAAAUGGGGUGUCCCAUUUACUCUCCAAAAGGUUCUCAUGCCAAUCAUGCAAUGGGAAGCAACUGCUUUUGGACCACCUGUACUUGCUCUUAUACUUGUUGCUUCUUUGGCUUUGUUCCCCAUCAUCUUAAUUCCUUCUGGGCCCUCCAUGUGGCUUGCAGGGAUGAUUUUCGGAUAUGGUCUCGGGUUUUUGAUCAUCACGAUUGGGACUACCAUUGGCAUGACAUUGCCUUACUUACUUGGCUUAUUGUUUCUUGACCACAUUCAUAAUUGGUUGAAGAGAUGGCCUGAAAAAGCUGAUGUACUUAAGAUGGCUGGGCAAGGGAGCUGGUUCUAUCAAUUCCGGGUGGUUGCGCUCUUCAGGGUGUCACCAUUUCCAUAUGCAAUUUUCAACUAUGCUGUAUUGGUAACUGAUAUGAAAUUUGGUCCAUAUAUAUGUGGGUCGAUUGCCGGAAUGGUACCCGAAUCUUUCAUCUACAUAUACAGUGGGCGAUUAAUAAGGACAUUGGCAGAGGUGAAAUACGGAAAGCAUCACAUGACCACGGUGGAGAUAGUCACCGAUGUCAUCUCUUUUAUCACUGCUAUAGUUACCAUAGUUGCCUUCACUGUCUAUGCUAAGAGAAGUCUAAACAAUCUGAGAAGCAUGAGAGCAAAUGAAGAAGCUGUUGACCAUCGCGAUCCUGAAAUGGAGUAUCUUCCACUUGAAAGACCCAAGCAUCAGGGUACCUCAUCUUUCCCUCCAUAACCUGCAAUACUUAGGCAGACAUAAUAUUGUGAAGUCUUGUAGAAGAGCACUUUCUUCUUAAUAUGCUUAACACAGGGUAUUUAUUUUAUACCCC